AUGACAUCGGUUCCCAACCAUCUCUAUGAAGAUGGCAACACUACGGGCUACCAAAAGAAACAGACAAAGUCGAUUCUCAAAAAUAGAGAGAAUAUGACAAUGCCCAACCCGUCCAUGUCUCUUAGACACUUCGACACCGCAUCCAGACUAUCUAAUCGAAGAGUUUCUUUUGCCAACAAAGUGAAGCUCCACAAGAUUGACUUCGUGCCGCUGCAUGAAAGUGAGAACGAUAAAGUGCUGUCGGAAAAUGAGCUUCAGGAUAGCUCUUCUGAGGACGACGAAUCGAGCAAUAUCAGUUUGAGUGCGCUUGAAAAGGAUGCCUCAAGCAUCGUGGAGCAAAUGCGGAGCUCGACUGCCAAUUAUAGUAGUGAUGACGAGGACCUUCCGAAAAAUGACAAUUUUUCGAGUCACAGUGCCGACGACGAUAAGACAAUGGACCUCACGGCUCUGAUACGACAGAGACAGGAACAGGACAUGGAGUUCACCGAACCCUUGAACGGAGACCAAAAGGCCGGCCUUUCGUAUCCGCUCACCACAGACCAUCACCACUAUCUUCAUGAACACGUGCAUCAGCGCCUAGAUCAGGGUGCUGAUGGCGACUUGGAAUUGACUAUGGAGUUCACAAAGAACGUAUCCAACUAUUCUGUAGUAUCUCAUAGUUCCACGCAGAAUGGCUUUAAGUUGGAAGCUCAAGGAUCAAUUCCUCAGGGCCAGCGCUUGGAUUUCGAUGGCGAGGGCAACGAGGAACUCACGAUGGAUUUUACAAAGUUUUUCAACGAGGCGUCUCGACACGAUGCAUUUCUGUUUGCCGGAGCAGAGACGCCUCCGGUUGGAAAUGCUCAUCUGACGAGCCUUGAUAAGCAUACAGAAGACAAUGCCACAAUGGAGUUCACCCAUCCGUUCACAAUUACACAGAAUACCAAGCAGAGGGAGGGUCAGACCUCAAAGGACACUGAUGACAACCAAGACAAUAACAAAGAGACUGGAGGAAUGCAGCAGGAGGAGACCAAUGACGCGGAAGUUGUGGACCGCAAGGCAAAAGUUGCAGACCGCACGCUUGAGGGCGAAGAUCAAACUGACGAGAGAGGAGUCGAAUAUAGCGUCGUCAAUAACAUCAGCGGAAAUGAGAUUGAUGCUGAUGUUCAACACAAAGCCACUUCACAGGAUGAGCAACUGAAGGAUGCUGAAGAACGGUGUGAAGAGACAAUGGAGUUGACUGAGCAGGUUACAACAACGGGCUCACAUAAGGAAGACCAAGAAGAAACCAUGGAACUCACGGCUCUGGUGGCACCGACGGGCCCAUACAAGGAAGACGAAGAAGAAAGCAUGGAAUUCACUGCUCAGGUCACGGCUACAAAGACGAAAGAGCCAGAGCAGGAAGCAAAGGACGAUGUGACUCCUGAUUAUGACACGCAUACCACACCCCCGAUUCUAGAAUCACCCCGAAGUGAAGAUGCCAGGUCAGCCACUAGCCCCUCAAAACUAGAAAGAGAUUCUGAAUUUUCUUCUCGUUUGACAGCCGAGCAAAAUCCCGAAAACACACCAGCCAGCACAAAUCUGGAAAAUGAAGUUGUUGAGCCUCAGAGCGUCGACAAAAUCUUACAUCACAAUGUUGAAGACAAUGAGAAAUUCGAUCACCCCACGGAUGAUCAAGAUGAACCGGCAAAUGAAGAUUUGAAAAGACAGAGUGAAGCUUUUGAAGCAGAGGCUGUUUCUGAAAGUAUUUCGAAACUGGAUGAAAGUAAGGAAUCGGAGAAGGAAGUACUUUCAGACAUCAACGAGGCUAUGCCAGCUCCAUCACAAGAAGAUGCUGCAUCUGAGAACAACGUUCAUUCACAACCAAUGGAGCUUACACAACCAAGAUCUGAAAUCAAGGAUGUCAGCAACAUGAGCUCUCCACCUGCUAAGCGUAACUCUGAAGGCCUUGAUGAGCCUCCUCAAAAACAACUGAAAAACAGUAUUUAUACAACAACCCUAGACAUCCCAUUGGCAGAAACGUCAACACUCUCUGUGGAUGGGGUUGACGAUGACAUUGAUGACCCCAAUUAUCAACCUGUUGAACUCUCAACCUUCCUUCAUGAUAUUGGUGUUAAAUUUUACGAUGACUUGGAGAUAGCUACAGACUCUGCAAACCGAUUUUCACUUCAUGACGACCUGCUAGAUGUUUCUAUGGAGGAUUAUUACAAAUGUAACGUUCAUUUGCCAUUGCUUGAAGUUUACGAAAUGAGCUGCAAGGAGCUUUCACAGAAAAUUCAACAAGGCAAGGCGCUCUAUCAGGAGAUCAGUGAGCGGACUUUCAACGACAAUCCUAUGCUUUUCAAGCAAUAUUAUUGUGCUUCUUACUAUGAUCAAGUAUCCUUGAAAGCCGAAUUUCAUCGAUUGAAAGAAUUUACAAGGCAUCAAGCUAAGCAAGUUUGGUAUCAAUGGCGUACGCAACUUAUGCGGAACGUUCUUGAAGUUCAACAAGGCAAUUUGGAGAUACUCCAGGCUGACAAGAAGGUACUUGAAGAAGCCAUCACGGAGAUAGAGGAUCAGAAGAAUAGAUUCCAAGAGGAUUUGCAAAGGCUAAGAAGGGACAUAACAUCAUUCAAGGAGAUCAAAGCAUCUUACAAAGAACUCGACUCCGCACAAAUCAAGAAUAUUAAACUGCAACUUUUGAAACUUAAUCAGACACUUCUUAAUCACAGAGACGAGAUCACUAAGAAGGAAGAGGAAUUGGUCAGAGUUAAUGAGGAUAUCAAAAACAUCGAUCUGUCUAUUCAAAUACAGCGUGACGAGUUGCGGAAGGCGGAAAGCAGACUAAGCAGAAGAAGACAUUUUAGUGAUAAAGAGAUCAGAGAACUUGAGUCAGAGGUCAAGGCCUUGGAGAAAAGAGUCGGGCUUCAGUACCUUAGUGAGGUUGAUCUGGACGUUGUUGAGUUUGCUUGCAACCCAUAUAUCCUGGCAACCAUCACAUUCAAGGAUGGAGUUCCUGCAAGCAUCAGAUUUUCUCGGAGGGAUCAUGGACAAGAGUCAUCCACUGUAACACAAAAAGGUUUAGUUUUUGAAGACCUUUCCAGCCUUGCAUUCUGUCACUUGCCCAAGACUGAGAUCAAGCCUGAAGAAAACAUCGCCGAAUUCAGACGGAUUUGGAACAAGAUAAAACAAAUCGAUCAUGAUUUAUAUAGAGUUUCCUUGAAAUACCCCUCGAUCGUGAAGGUUAACGAUGAAAGCCUUACGGUGUCGACAACUAUUUAUUCAUUCAAGACAGGCACCGAGACAAUUUACACGUUGGUGCUUGAUGCUGAGGACUUGACGAAGUACCCUGAAAACCUCAUGGUGACUGCGACUAGAGGAAGACGGCUGAUGACCAAUGGAGUGGAAGUGCCAGCAUUUAAAGGUUUAUCUAAAGGGCUUCUAGCGAAACUAGAAACUCCCAUUUAUGAAUUAUGA